AUGUGCAUUACUGCAGUUGCUCUCAAUUCUCAUCCUAAUUACCCAUUUGUACUAAUUUUCAACAGAGAUGAGGCAUUUGAGAGGCCUACUUCAGAGCUAGCAGAAUGGUCAGACGAAUGAGAAGGGAUAGUUGCAGGAAGAGAUUUAAUGGGAGGUGGGACCUGAUUAGGCAUCAAUCGGGACGGUAAAUUUGUGGCACUAACUAAUUUUACUGACGAGGACCUUGAAGUCCUCCAACAACAGCAAGCUAAUCCUAGUGCCUCUUUAUGGUCUGGAAACAUGCACGAUUAUUUAACUCGAGGAAUGAUCCCUUUACGACUUUUAAGAAAAAAUGUAAAUAUCUAUAAUGAGCUCCAAGAUAUAUGGACUGAUAGAUCUCGCUAUAAAAGCUUUAAUUUGUUAGCUGGGGAUAUAAAAAACAAUGAAGUUUACUAUUUAAGUGUAAAUCAAGCUGAAAAUGCGUUUUCAGGAUUAAGAAGGCUUGAUGAAGGAGUUCACUGUAUGUCGAAUACUGAUAUUUCAAAUGAAUGGGACAAGACCAAAAGAUUGAAGGCUGAUUUAGAAAAUUUUUUGAAAAAUAAUGAUAGGUUUUCCACGAUAGAUUUGGUACCUUUGCUAAGGACUGAAAUUAAACAGGAUGAGCCACCUGAAAAUGAAGCUUCGAUUUUUAUUAAGCCUUAUCCAGGAGAAAUGUUUGGGACUCCUGCAACAAGAGGAACUGUCUCUUCUACUAUUAUAACUCUAGAUAGUUCCCAGGAAAUUGCGAUUCUUGAAAGGACUUGGAAUAGAGAUCAGAUAUCUUAUAGCGACACAAAUAAAUCUUUUAUAUUAACAAAUCAUAAUUAA